AUGGCCUCUCUUCGACCCCGUACUUUCCCUCUCUCCGCUCGAGCCCUCCGCUCAACUCUCCGCUCAACAAGGCCUUCACCAAACCACUUCCUAUCCGCGCCCGCAUCCGCCCCAUCAACCCCAUCACCUCCAACCCGCGCGCACUCAACAUCCUCCGUCUCCGCCGAUGAGCUCUCCCACUUCUCCGCCCUCGCCAGCUCCUGGUGGGACCCAAUGGGCCCCUCCAGAAUCCUGCACCUAAUGAACCCCCUCCGCCACGAAUUCAUCGCUUCCUGUCUAGCAGAGGGAACCUCAAACCCAACCGCAUCCACCCCCUCCACCGCAACCCUCAACUACCUCGACGUAGGCUGCGGCGGCGGUAUCUUCGCCGAAUCCCUCGCACGCACAAUCCCACUCGACCCGACAUCCCCAGCCCCAACCCCAACCCUCGCCGCCUCAAUGACCGCAAUCGACCCUUCAACAGACCUGAUCCGAAUGGCGCGCGAGCAUGCGCGCAUGGAUCCAACCGUCGACACGCACCUGCGCACAGGUCGUUUCAAGUACCUCAAUACCACGCUGGAGGAUGUACUUGCUGGCAAUGCGCCGACUUCGACGUCCGCCCCAAACCUACCAGAAUCCAGCUCUACUUCAACUCAAGUCACACCCUCACAAUACGACGUCGUAACUCUCUUCGAGGUCCUUGAACACAUCGAUCCGAAAACUUCAACACCGUUAAGCUUCUUGACUAACUGUCUGCGCGCUCUCAAGCCUGGCGGUUGGCUGAUUGGAUCUACUAUCUCGCGGACAUUGCCGUCAUUCAUCCUGAACCAGGUUAUUGCUGAAGCGCCAUGGCCGAUUGGUGUUGUGCCGCGCGGGACGCAUGAGUGGAAUAAGUUCGUCAACCCGGAUGAGGUUAAGGGAUGGUUGCAGGAAGGGUUGAUGAGAGCUGCUGAUACGGGUGUUUCGAGGGGUGGGAGUGCGGUUGCGGAGGGGAUGAGGUGGAAGUGUGUGGGUGCUAUCUAUGUUCCGGGAAUUGGGUGGAAGAUGGUGCCUGGGAGUGAGGAUUGGGGGAAUUAUUUCUGGGCUGUUAGAAAGGAGCUGUAG